AGUGUUUUGAACGACGCGUUUGAAUGCCAUUUCAUAGACCACUGAUUGUCUCAUAACAAACACAUUGACAAUGGAUUUGUUGUCUUCGAGUGAAUGCAUUGAAUCGGUGGACAAAUUGCGGACAAUCCGUCCGUUCACUGAAAGCCAGUUAUUAACGCUUUAUAACAACAAUCAGUUGGAGACUAACAACUCAUUCAUUGAACACUUCAUUCAGCAAAAUCUUCGCAACGAAAGCAACCGAUUAUACGAACUGUUGGUUGAAUUAGAGAAAUGUCGGGAAAGACAUAACGACAGCAACAAUAAAGUGGAAGAAUUGAAGAAUAAUUGCGAUUCCCUUCAGGAGAAGGCC